GGCCGCGGGGACGUGCUCCUGGACACCGCCAGCCUCACGAUGAACGACCUGGACACGGAGGUGCUGCCCUUGCCGCCGCGGUACCGGUUCCGGGACCUGCUUCUGGGCGACCAGUCCUUCCAGAACGACGACAGCUGUCUUGGGUAAACACCCAGUGUUCUGGCUCUGUCAGCCUCCAGGGAGGCAAAAGGCUUGCAUGCCUGCAAGUGGAAGACUCGGCAGACUGGAGCUUCGAGGGUCUGGGAUCAGAGCCUCUCCUUCAGUGUGUGUGUGGGGGCCGUCUGUCAUUCUCUGAAAGGCUUGAUCACACACACACACACACACCCCGUCUUGGCCUGGGCUGCACUUUCCUCCAGCGAUGCACUUAUUCAACUUAGCACAAAGCACAGGAAGCUGCAGAUUGCCAGGGCACAAGCUGAGCUCUCAGAACAACCCACUGCCCAACUGCAGCUGGAGAAGAAAUCGUGCCUGUGAAUAGGUCAGUGUGUGGAGACUGCUUACGGAGGCUAGCUGGGUGAAGAGUGAUCUUGAAAAUCGCUUUGCCGGCUGGAAAUGGAAGGUCCUGACAGACCUCCCGUGGUGUUCGGUUGUAUUAAUCCAGUCAAGCCAGGAGGAGAGACAGAUCCCAAAGCCUUUAUCCACUUAGAACCAAGGAGUCAGUGAUCUUUUGUCUACUGAACUGAGUGUGGUAAUAACAAACUCAUCUAAGAACAGAUUCCCUGGUGAAGAGAUUAGUAACUCCCUUCUCAAGCAGAAGGAGAGACCGACAGGCUGGCCGUAGUGUUUGUGACUAGGGGCUCUUCCGCCUUCCCAUAAAGGGCAGGGUUGGGGCUUUCCAAGGCCCAACCCAUGUGCUGGACAUCUGGCCAUGUUGGCAUUAACCCCCUGGGUGACUGCUCAGCCAGGAUUUGGUUAAUUUCUGGGAAAUUCUUCUGAGGCCAGGAAGAAAACGUGUUUUCCCGAUGAUGCCCUGGCUUCCUGAUCACUGGUGACGUCCAGGAGUGGAGGGCAAACAUUUCCACUACCAGCCAUAGGGUGGCAUGUGUCUGCCUGGUGAGAACUGUCCCUUAUUCCAGGGCAUGGGAAGUUGCCAUUGACUCUGUCUCUGAGUCCUAGACCUGUCUGUGGUUUUUCAGUUGUGAUAAAACACGUGAAACAUACAAUUUACCCUUUGUGACACUGAGUCCCUCACAAUGCUGGGAUGACUCCAGAGCAUUGUCGUCACCGUGAGAGGAAGCCCCUGUGUUUUAGAACUUCCUGGCUUUCUCAAACCAUCCCCUCCCCUGGGGGCUGCUGGAGGACCCUGCCAGCACUCCUGCACAAGGAGCCUCAUCCAUCUUCUCCUCGCUCUCCUUUCUCAUCCUUGGCACUUGUCCCUUUACCCUAGGUAGCAUCACUGAUUCCCAGAGUGAAGGAUGUAGUCUAUACAGUCCUGUCUGGCCUAUAGGACUCUCUAUAAGUAUGGCAAUGACCUGGGCAGCAGUGGUGGGAGGUGCUGAGGACACUUUGCCUGGGAUGGGGAAGGGGCAUGAAUUCAGCAUCUAAGAGGGCAUGGGGAGCCAGAGGAGCCAAGAAAAGCCACCUGUCACACCUGCAGGUGAGCCCAGUGUGCUCUUAGGAACUCUCCAGAGCUUCCAGGAGAGUGAGAGGCUGGGAUGGGGCCAUUGUGCUAAAAUAGAACAGCACAGAACCUCUCAGGACCCUGGGCAGUGGUCUCAGCCAAGGGGGUGUCUGGGGAAGUGAGCUGUGCUUGUUGUCUCUCUCGCCCUCCCCCCCAGAGGCAAGGGGCAGAAAGACUCCUUCCCUCAGCACAGUGCAGGUACAGAGUGAAUGCUCAGCAUGGAGCUAGCCCUGUCCUCUCCCCUGCUGUAGCCCAGGGUGGGUUCUGUGAGGUGUGGGGGAGCAGCACCCCAACUCCUGGCAGGUUGUGAGCAGGCGGCAGGGCCGUGGGCUUCCUGUUCUCCAGGGGAAUAAAGCCGCUUGCCAUGAGUCACCACAGCCUCAACGGCCUUGGGGAGGCAGGAGCUCAGCCGCCCACGUGGGCAAAUGAGGCCGGGCUGCCAUGCUGGCCUCUCCUGAGGGGACUGAAUGCUCCACACAGCCUGUGAUGGGAAGUGUUGAGAAAUAAUCACCUUCAGGAGGCUAAUGCAGUCCUAGGUGAACCCUUGUCAGUCGGGCCCUGUCCUGGGACCUCCCGGGGAGCAGCAGUCGGAGGAAGCUGACUGGACCCUGCAGGGUCAGGGCUCUGGGGCCCCUGCCCUUCCUAGACAUUUCAUCACCCUCUGCCCCACAAGCCCAAGGGGCAGUGUAAGGAGGCCCUAGCCCCCUCCCUGUCUAAGCUACCCCUCCUGUGUACCCUGGGGACCUGCAGAUCAUGGGGACUAUAGAGCCACAGAUAGAGGUGAAGUCAGGGUCCCCCUCCAAGUACAGGCCAGGAGGGUGGUGGGGAGCUCUGCCCACUGCUGGGCUCCAGGCGGACGAGAAGCUUGUCCCAGGAUUUGCCCUAUGUGCUGCCCCAGGGAAGCUUCCUCAGGGGUCUGAGUCCCCCAGGAGUUAGAGCAGGCCUGCAGAUGGGACGUAGUCCCAGAAGACCCCAUCCCAGCUGUCUUCAGCACUCUGACAACAGAAUAGAGCUUGACUCACUCCUCUGGAGGUGAUAGCACUGAAUAUUUCCUUGCAGCCAGUAAGAAGUGGGAAGACAGGCAGGGCCAACAUUGUCAGGGGCAGGGCCAGCAGCCCUGCUGAUGCAGGAAGGAGCAGGUGGGGCUUGAGAGGUCCUGGAGCCCCUCCACUGGCCCUGCUGGCACCCUAGCUUACUGCCUGGCUAGUAGAAACAAAGUAACUCAGACUGCCCCACAGGAACCACCCCACCCUCUCAUGGGAUGAAGGCCUGCCAGGCCUCCAAGCAGGAGUCAUAGUGGGGCAUCUUGAGGGACAGCCAGCUCUCAAAGCCACUCACGAUUGUUAAUAACGAACAGUUUCAACACUAGACGUAGCUGGGUGUGGAGAGGAACUUGGUUCUCUGAGGCCUGCCAAAUGCCUCAGAUAGCUGGAUGCCCAUUAAGUGCCCUUCCCACCCACUCUUGCCUGUCUGCCUCUUGGGAGCCUCCAUCAUCCUGGCCAUGCCCACACCUCCUCUCUGUCCCCACCCCUCCUUCACCAUCCUGCCCCAUCCCCAGUUCAGCCUGCACCAGAGUGGGGAGCCUGGGCCCUUCCUUAGGAGAGCUUUGCCCAGGCUCUGCCUCUGCUGGGCAGCCCUGCUGGUGCUCAGCUCUCUGGACAUUCCCUCAGGACAGCUAGCUGGUAUCAGGGCCUCAGAACCAGCCCCAGGUGCCCAAAGGAUGCCAGGACCAGAGUGUGUGAAGGCCUUCACAGCUCUGGGGGGCGGGGGGCACUGUUGGUGAUCCUUUGGAUGUGCUCUGGGGAUGCUGGGGGUGGGCCAGUCUGCACCUGCACCAUCCCGCCAGCCUUGGGCUCUGGCUGGGAGCCCACCUGCCCCCAGAUUCCCCACUGGUAGGUGCAGAUUAUCAGGCAUGGUCUGGGCUUUGACAUGGAAAAGGGACUGGCAGGAGGGAGGACAGGGGUGAGGGUAGGAUGUGGGGGAGGACACACAGCUGAGAGCACAGGUGGACAGUGAUGAUUUUAGGGGUAGUGGAGGUUGGAGAACAAGUCACAGAGCUGCAGGGGGUGAGGGCUGAGGCAGGUAGAGAAGGAUAGAGGUACGGGAUCUGCAAUGCAUGUCCUGUCCUGGGGACCCCAGGAAGGGCUAGAGUGUCCCUACCACAGUCUGAGCCUGAGGUUCCCAGUGGCCAGAGCCUCACAUGUGCCAUGGCAUAGUGGAACAAUGGGACCUGAGAUGGGAUCUGUCACAGCAAAGGACAGCCACGGAGGGUGACAAUAUGCCAAGGAUCCAGGGUAGGACUGGAAGCUGAGGUGAGCUGGCCUGGGAAAAGGCUGAGUGUCCCUGUUUCUGCCCCUGUGGAUGGCACCAGCUCCCUGGCUUUUAUCCCACCAAGGACUGCUGAGCUCAGGAAAAUACCAGGUGGUGUGACCUCCCCAGGGGUUAUAUUUAAAACUCUGCCUAGGACCUUCCUCUGCUCUGCAUAGGCCUGACAGGCAAGGCAAGGCUGGUGGCUCUGCCUAGAUCACCCCAGGAAGCCUGGGAGCAAGGUAGAAUCCAAAUCCUGACGCUGGCCCUUCUCACCUGCAAAGGCUGAGGCCUGCCCAGUACAAACCUACAGGCCUCAGGGACUCAGUCAGCCAGGGAAAUGGUGUGGGAAGGCCCAGGUGAGGCUGAGGGUUGCCUGGUUGGAGGAUAGCCUUGCUGUAUGGACUCUGAGAGCUAACCCUGUGUGCCCUGUCCUGCCGUCCUUCUUGGAUACCCUCUUCGUUUAGCCUGCAUGAUUGAAUCAAGGCCCAGUUUGAGCAGGAAGAAUGGGUAUGUAUGGGUCUGAAAUGCUCUGGACUAUUCUAUGUGUUCUCAGGCAUCCUGAGUGAGUGAAAUGUGUGUCAGGACUUUUGCAGUCACUCUCCAGGUCCAGGGCUGAUUCAGCGUUGGGGCUGUGUCUGUCCUCCAUCAUCCCCUGGGGCCUUAGCAGGGAGCAGGGGCUUGUGGGUGGGCCUUGGCUCAGGGCGGGGGAUGCAGAGGCCAUGUAACCUCUCUGAUGUGGAGUUGUGGAGUAUGGGCCAUCGAUUACCUCACAGGGCUGUGGGCACUGAGCUGUGCCCUGGGACCCAUGUCCUCGGUUGCUGGGAACCUAGGAGGUGCACAGAGCAUACUAGUGCUUCUGUGAGGGGAAGCAGCUCUGGCUCCCCCAUGUCCACUCUGGGGAUGCUGAAAGACACCUUGAGAGGGCAGAUCCUGUGUCUCUAGGGACUGUGUUCCUCAUCUCCUCCCCUGGGGUGAUGCAGCUGGACACAUCACUUUGCUCCCUAAGCCCACACCCCAGGGACUCCUGUGCAAGAUUCAAAAUCAGAUUCCUCCUGAAUUGGCAUAGAACAGAACUCAGGUUCCUCCGGUGAGAGGGGGGCCGGCAUCUGCCAGGUCAUGGAGACCGUGAUUGGGUGUGGAAGUGUAGCUCCCAUGAUUCCGUCCUGCAGAGUUCCAUCUGCACCAUCCUGGGCUCCUCCAUUUGGAAUACAAACAGGAGGGGACCAUCUCUGCAGUUUGUCUUAGUCAGCUCGGGUGCCAUCACAGAAUGCCACAGGUGGGUGGCUCUACCACAGACCCUUAUUCUCAUAGUCCUGGAGGCACAAGUCCAGAUUGGGCAGAUUGGGCUCCUGCCACCUGCUGGCUGCACUACAUGGGAGAGACUGCUCUCCCGUGUCUUCCCUCAAGGGAACCACCUCAGGACUUCAUCUAAUUCUAAUCACUUCCUAGACUAUUCCAUUGGGAGUCAGCACUUUGGCAUAUGAGCUUGGAGGGACACAAGUCAGUCCGUAGGAGGCCCCAAAGGAGAGACAGGACACCACAAGAGAGCUAGUGGGAACCCCUCGGGACUGUGUAGUGCUUUGGUUUCAAAUCCUUUGACCUCACGGGCUCUACCAAAUGCUGCCUAAUCCCAAGAGAUCCUCCAAUUAUAGCUCUCUCCUCCCCACACUGCAGCAGUGAUCAGGUGGCCCAGUGUUGGCCCCACACUGGCCUUUAUUAAAUCAGCCACACACAUAAGGUCAAGACUACAAGCCCUCUUUCGGGCAGCAGCCUCUCGGGCUGCUAAGGGGACAAACACAAUUGCCAGCAUAGGGACCAGCUCUCUGAGGCAGACCUUGCUGAAGCCAUGUAGCUGAGGGCUGCAGAGCUAGAGUGGCCUGAACCAGCUAGCCUCUCGAUUCUGGACCUCUGACCUGCAGAACCAGGAGAGAACAGUCCUGUUGUUUCAAGGCAUUGGGGUUGGUAGUACUUUGUUAUGGUGGCCCCAGGAUACUGAGAUACCCUCCAUCAAAGGGUGCAGUGUCUUGGGGGGCAGCACCGAGAAGCUGGUGACCCAGGGGUCACUAAUGAGAUUUCCAGCGUGAGGCUGUGGGAGCGUGCUGCAUUAGACACCAUGCAGGCAGUCCUUGCCCUUGCUGGGUUUGAGAUAUAAAUCCAGUUCUGGGAGAUAGCAUCUACUAAUGAGGCAGCCCCGUCCUUGGGCUGGGCUGUCUUCCUGGGUGGGUUCUAAGUUGAUUGGAAAUACACUGGAAAGCAGAAAAGAAUGAAGAGAGGCCUUGGAACUUGCUGUGGGAGUCAGGAGAAGGGAGCAGCCUGUGCUGGACAAGGUCAGAUCAAGCAGGAGUCUCCCCCACUGGCCACCUCAUAGGAACAGCGGGUGAGGGCCACCCUGCUGGGGAUGGAGGCUGCAUCCUCCUGACCUUUACCCCGUGAUAGUCCUGGAAGGAAGUUGUUCUGCAGCCAAGGAAAACCCCCAUUCCUUAAACCCCCAGGGCCUUCCAGGGGGUGGGGAAAGGCCUGCAGUUGGGGCGGGAGGUCAGGAGUUGUCCAGGCUUGGAGGGGAGGGGUAGAUGGAGGUGCUAUAGGGCAGACUGAGGACAGACACAGGACUCUCAUCUCCAUAGCUCUGUGCUGGGCAGGGCAGCCAUCAACCAGUAGGUCCAGGGUAGACCCCAGCCUGGCAGGGCCCUGGGUAGCUGUCCCUAGGCCUCAACCCCAAUGAAGAGCUAGACACCCAGGGACAGGAGUCCCCUGAGAGCAAAGCCAACUGGCCUGGGAAGGCUGCCAGGUGAGGAUCUGAGCCCAGGAGUUUCCCCCCUCCCAGCUUCUGUUGCUUAGUACAUGGGUAGGGCUGCACUCUGGGACCCCAAGCCUUUGAGUGCUCCAGUCCGAGCUCCACCUUCACCACUCCCCCAUGCCAAGCCCAAGUAGGCUCCUCUUCCUAUCUGCAUGUGCCCACCUCACAAACCCCAGGAAGGCAGGUAAAGCUCUCCUCCAAAACCCUGGUCAACUCCAAAAGCCUCACCCCAGCCCUGCUACCUAGUUAAUUAAUUCACUAUUUAACUCUUUCCUCCUCGUGAGUCCCAUUGUUCUGCAGGGGCCUCUUCCAGAGAGACUGACCAGGACCAGACAGAGGGGAGGAGAACCUGGUCCUAUGUCCCCUCCUGUGCCUGGCUGUGACUGCAAUGCCCUUGGAGGGACAUGUGGCAUCAGGCCAUGCAGCACCCCCACCCCCACCCCCAUCCAUGCAAAAAGCAGCUCUGCCUUCCCACCUCACUCCCCAUAGCACAGGGUGCCUAGCCCUACAAGGUACCCUCCUCAGCAGGUCAUGCCCUAACAUCCGCCUGCAGCCAAAAGCCACCCAGGUUGCUGUGGAAUCUGCCUAGGACCCUUCCCAGGUCCCUGAACAAUCCUUAGAAGAUGUCCACAUCCCUAAUCCCUGGAACCUGAGUCUGUGACCUUGUAUGACUUUGAAGAUGUGAUUCAAUGAAGGAUUUUGAGAUGGACAGAUUACCCUGGUGGGUCUCAAAAUGCAGUCACAAGUGUCCUCGUAAGAGGGAGGCAAAGGCUAGGGGUGUCUCUCAAUGGUAGAGCACUUGCCUAAGAGGCAUGAGGCCUAUCCACAACACUGAAAAAAAGGGAGGCAAAAAAUGUCUCUAAUGGUAAAUUCUAUGUUAUACAUAUUUUACUCCAAAACAAGUAUGAAAACCUUAAAACAGAAACCAGGGAGAUUUAACACAAGCAGAACAGGAGGCACACUCUGAGAUGGUGAUGGAUUUUGAGGCCUUCUGACUUGGGUCAAGCCUUGCUGCUGGCACCCAGGUUUUCCAGCCUGCAGAUGCCUGUAGGGGAACUCAGCCUCCAUAAUCAUGGGAGCCAAGUCCCUAGCAAACCCCUGUCGUGGGCCUGUGUACUACACAUGUGCUGACUGUAUACUCUGGCCCAGGAAAGUGGGUUCUUCUCCAGAGUUCCUGGCACUUGAACUUCAACCUCAUGAGACCCUAAGCAGAAACCCAAGCUUAGCCACACCUGCCCUCUGAGGACAGAUCCAUGAAGUAACAGUGCCUGCUUCAGGGCAGGGAGAGGUUUGCUAUAUGGCUGUGUAGCAAACUCCAGCCUCCAGCCCUGCAGAAUGUCCUGCUGUCUGUGUGUCGAGUGGCCUCUUCAUGGUGGUUCAGCUUGUUCCUCUGACUUCAUGUUGGACCAAACUUGCCUGAUUAGGCAAAAGAAUAUUGUGUGAUCUGCACAUUGCCUCUGGGCCAUUAAAGAUGACAGGAUGGGCUCACUAAGCAGUUCACCUCAAGCUGACCAGUCACUGUGAGAACAACCUGUUCCCUCUCCACCGUGCAUCUGGGGAUUUUAGCUUAGCUCCUUUAAACAUCCUUAUCUGAGCCCGCCAUUCCCCAGAGGCCUGAGAUGCUCUUGGUGUUUCUCCCUCCAUGAAUUUUAGCCUUGUUUUUCUGGAAGUAGUGCUCUGGCUUCCUCAGGGAGAAAGUGUGCACCCCCAAAAUGUAGUUACUCCUGAAACACCAUCCACCCUGUCUUUAAUAGCUAGUUCUCAAAGAAACGACGUUUAGUGACCACCUCACACUGCAGCAAGAGGUGUUUUUCUAGAUUCCUCUUUCAGAGCAUCAAGUGUUGACUCUGGAGUUACACAGAGUGGUGUCCAUGUGCUAAUCCUGCAGACUUGUGAGUCCCUGACCAAGCAUGGCAGAAGCACUUUGCAGUGGAUUAAGUUAAGGCCCUUGAGAUGAGAUAUCACCUUGGACCCUCUGGGUGGCCCACUGCCAUCAUGGGGACCUUAUAACAGGGAGGCAAGAGGGUCAGAGCAGAGUCAGAGGGGAGAGGUGACAAUAGAAGCAGAGGUCAAAGUGAGGGGAAGCAGGGGCCUCAAGCUGAGGAAUGCAGGUGGAGACUGGAAGCUGGAAAAUGUGAGAAACUUUCUCCUCUGAGCCUCGGGAAGAAGCCAACCUUGCUUAUACCCAGAUUUCAGAAUUUGUGACCUCAGAACUGUACAAUGUACAUGUUUUGUUUUCAGUCACUACAUUUGUGGUGAUUGGUUAUAGCAGCCAGAGAGGCCCGUGCGUGAGUGAACCAUGUUUGAGUCAUUGUCUUCUCCCACGCUCAGUUGUCCCCACCUUGGCCAGUGGGGGCCCUUCCAGCUGGCCUCUGGACCCUUCCACAAGUCCCAGUGCCAAGCUGAAGCAACGCCCUUGCUCUCUGGUGAAGCUCAAUCAUCCGUGCCCGCAGAUCUUCCCUGCCUGAGUAUCAAUCAGCCCUUCCCCAAAGACUGUCCUUCCAGUGGGGAGGGUGCUAGGUCCACAAUCCUGGCUCAGAGCAUCUUUAGUUUGGAUCACAGCACCCUGCACACCCCCAAUGUUUGCUAAUUAUAUUGUUCUCUUUACUCCGCCAAGGCUUAAAAUCGUUACAAUCUGUUCAGUAACCAGAUUCUGUAUAAUUAUCUAACACUUGCUGUAAAUCCACUUACACGAGAUCCUGCUGACCACACAGCCAUUCACCAUGCCUUCUCCAUCCUGGAAUUCCUUGCUUUUGGUGUUUCUUUGAGUUGGCUAUGACUCACCUGGGAGGUUGUUUUUCCCCCCACGAAGGGCAUCUGUGUGUGUGCCUCAUUCUCGUUUGUUACCCCACUUCAGAUAUCUCCUUGUGUCUAUGAACUUGGGUGACAUCUUGGCUGGGUAUAACAGUCCUCGUCUCACCUUCCUUUUUCUUAGCACUUGAUCCUCCUGGGACCAUCAUCCACUUGUGCUUAGUUCCUUGCAGCUCACGCUGCCCCUCACAGGUGAUGCCUCUUUCAUCUUGCUUCCCUGAAGCGCUCUUUCUUUUUCCCUGGAGCUCAGUAGAUUAAGGAGAGUCAAUAACUUUGAGUAGUGUGUCCUGCAAUUUAUUUCACUGGAACUCAGCACACAGUUCUCCUUUGCUUCGUCAGUAUGCUUCUAAAUGCUUUCUGAAUGUAUUUGAAGUGCUUCGAGCCCAGAGGACCCUUCAGCAACAGUGGUCUCCACUUUUCUGUGGUGCCUGGAUCAGUGUCUGCCUCCACUGUGUGGUCACAGCCAUCUGUCUGUCUGAGUCAGUAACACGAUUCCAACUGUGUCUCUUCUGGUUCUGGUCUGGAUUCACAUGGUGAUAACAGGGAUGACGUCUGUGCUCUCCUGGGAUCCGGGGCGCUAUAUAGUCUUCCGUAUACCUGGGUCCGUGGCGAUGAAUGCACUUAGCUCUUCUAAGUGCUCCUUCUAUUGAACCUGGAGAUCGUUGGGAAUUUUCUUCUGCCUUGGGGUUAGAUUUUACUGACAGCCUGGUUCUCCGUCUUUCCCUUUUCUCUUCUUUCUCCUUUCCUUCCUCUCCUCCUUUUCCUCCUUCCUUCUUUUCUUCAAAUAUAUUUAUCUUAGUUAUGGCAAAAAACAGAACAUUUUAACCACUUUUAAAUGUACAUUCAGCGCAUUAAGCACAUUCAGUGUUGUGCAGCCACCACCACCAUCCAUCUGUAGAACUUUCUGAAAUCUUCCCAAACCGAUGUCUGUCCUCAUCAACACUGACUCUCCCCGGCCCCUCCCCAGCUCUUCCUGUCUCUGUGGAUUUGAGGACUCUGGGGAGCUCAUGUAAGUGGUAUCCCCGGGUUUGUCCCUCUGUGACUCACUCAUUUCUCACCAUGAUGGCCUUGGGUACAUCCCUGUUGGCUCAGGUGUCAGAUUUUCCUUUCCUGCCUUGGGCAAGGCACUGAUCCAUGGUGUGGAUGGACCCCAUUGCCUGUUCGUUACCUAUUAUGGCCACUGGGAUUCUUCUACCUCUUGGCUGUUGUGUCCCCACCUCUGUCCCUUUUCCUUCACCACAGCCUGCAUGUAAGCGCACCACCAUCUCAGAGCCUUGAACAUAGGGAAGGCUCCACACCAUGCAGCCAGGAACACCCUGGAGCUCCAUGCCCUUUUCUGGGGGUGAUCUGGGAUGUGGUCUUAUUCUGAGGAACAGCCCAGAUGUCUCCCCAGCAGGAUGAAAGUGCAAGUCAGGACAUGCGGUUGUGAGUGAGGAUUGCCAGGACCCUAAGUUGUUCAGUUUGGCCUCCAGUGGUGGGAGUGGGGUGGGAGCCAUAUAGCCUGCCUUUCCCCUAUGUCUCCUAAAUGGUUUGGGGAUGUCUGUGACACUGACCAGGCUGCGCUGUCCUUGCUGGCGUCUGAGUUACUGGUUGCUGUCUUUUACUACGUUCAUUUAUCUCCUGUGAGUUUGGGAAGCUCCUGGGGCAGAUCUUACACCUGGGGAUGUCACACCUACUCUCACACCUGUAGCCAUUAUACUGCCCAGCCCUGUGGUCCUCACCCACUUGGGGCAACACCAGCUGCCUUGGGGCUUCCUUCCUAUCCCAGUGCUGAGCAGGCGAUCAGAUGGGUCCCUCUCCAGCACAGCAGUCUCAGGCAUCCAGCAGACACUGGGAGAGUGUCCAAAAUGGAUGCCUUGAUCCACCUCAUACUGCUCCCGUCCUCCCCAUUUUGUUGCCUCUGUCAUCCACUUCCUCACAGGACAGCCUGAGGCUGUCCCUCCCUACCCCAUCUACAGGAAGUACAGUCAGUGCCACCUUCCCAUGUGCUACAGUUCCCUGCAGCUCUGUCCUCCACCAGUCCCCGUCCCCCUCAGCACAGGAGGCUGGACAAAGCUGCUCCCUGUGGGGCUCAUACAAGGGCGAUUAGCAUUUAUUCCUGGGCCUCUAAGACGUCUUGGGGAGCCUUGGGGCUCAAAACUGUCCAAGGUCCAUGGACCUCAAAUCUGUGGCCGGAUGCCUGCCCUCCUUCCUUGCCAAGCUCCAGGCUGCGUGCCCUGCCUGAUGGACACUCCCCACUGUGCCCAGAUGCCAAAGAGUCUGAGGCCACUGCUUAAGAGAGAGAGAGACAGAGAGAGAGAGCUGACUCUGUGGCAAGAGGGGGCAGUCAUCUUCAAAAUAAACCAGGCCUAACCCUCAUGAUGCAGCAGUAAGUUGAGAAGGUCCCCCAUCCACCUGCCCCAGACUCACCUAGCCAGCCCCAUUGGCCAGCCAAAGAAAUGUCAGCCUCCUCUUCUCAUCUGUCGCUUGACUCUAACCCCAGACCCAUGAAGAGCCAUUGCACUCUCAGAAAACAAGAUGGAAAAAGACAGCACUCCAUCAUGGACAGGCCAGCUGAGCAGACCCUCUGGGGACAGGUGGUCGGCCGCUACCCUCCUGUGCUCUGCAGACAUGGUGUCCAUGUCCAUGGUGGAUCACUGCUGUUGCUCAGAGAUGCAAGCACAUUCUCUUUGUAAAUGUGGAGCCCUGCAGUGCUGAUGCUCUCACACAUUAUCCCCCAACCCUGCUCCUGGGGUGACUGUGGGUGAGCACCCUAAUAUCCUUCGAGCGUUUUCUCUGCACUGCAGCCCCAUGUAGACAGUGCUCUUGGUUGUGCCAGGCUCUGCUGUCUUUCAGUUUUGUUUAUGUAUGUCAUAGUGUGAGUCUCAUUGAACAGCACACCAUUGGGAGGCCCCAGCUUCUUUGCUCCUCAGAAAGUGUGAAGGGGGCCUCCCUGUGCUUGGUGGGCACAAACACCUCAUUCCUCUGGGGCCAGCAGGAGCCAUAAAGUGCCUUCUGGGCAAUGCACACAUGAGUUUUUGCUGACCCCAAGCAGUGGUUUUCCAGGAGGGAACCUGGAGCUGGGCCAGGUAUUGGGAGAGCCAGCUAGUUGGUCAUUUCCUGAACACAUUGGUAGCACAGUGUAUGGGUCCCCUGAUGGAACAGAGCACAGCCUGUGCCUGGAUCUCCUCACAGGAGCCCAGCUCCUGCUGGAGUGUUACAGCGGGGGUGACCACUCCUUGAUGAGCCUGAGGCUACACUCAGAAUCCUUUCUGGAUGUAUGGGCACAUGAGGAGCGCUCUGGGCUCUUGUCUGGUUUUGCACAGACCCUUGGGGCUCAGGGAGAUCAGGGAUAGAUGGUCCAGCUAAAGGUGAAGCAUUUCUGGGGGGGAGUGACCCCCAUUUCUUGAAAGCUCUUGGUGUAAGUUUGUGGCCAGCCAGGACACUCCCCCAGCAGUGCAGUAGUUGUUGGCAGGUCACAGGGUGAGCCUGGGGUCAGAGUCUGGGCAGGUUAGUUGUGCCUUGGAGCUGCAGCAGCCAGCUGUGCAGGACAGGUGUGGAUCUGUCGAAGCUGGUUUUCAGGGCAGCCAGAUCUCCCAGUGCUGACACCUGCUGGUUUUUACCUGCCUGUUACCUGGGCAAGCCACUUGGAGCCUCACCUGUGAAGAAAAGCCACAGGACAAGCCAUCUCUGAAUCAGCCAGUCCUGGGUUCAAGUCUUUGCCCUGCUCCUUCCCGCUUCAGUUUCCUGGGGAAACCAGCACCUGUUUCUCCACUCUGCAAAAUGGGCAAAAAUCUGUAUAGCCUGCUCAAUCUGCUUGUGUUAGUGGGCGGCUCUGCUAGGUGCCUCAGAGUACACCAGAAACUGAGUCGUCACCCCCCACCGCCACCCCAUCCCCAUCCCUGCUGGGUGCUGGACAGCUCUGGGGGUAGGAAAUGGGGAAAUGGUGAGGACGCUGAGUGCCUGUAGGAGGGAGGAUAGGCACCCCCCCCAUUUCCCACCUGGUAGGGAUGGGAGUACCCAUCUCACCUGGGCAGGCACCCAGACUGGGGACUCUGAGCCUCCCAUCAUGAGCAGCAAGACCUAGGGCCCACAGGAGGGCUGUGAUGUGAGCACAUGCCAAGCAGGCAUGGCUCCCCCCACUCUCCAGCAGCUCUUGCUCCUGAGGUGGGCCACCAGUUGUCACCUGCCCCAUUCCUCCCAUUCCCCCAGUGAGGUAACUGUCAUUAUCACCAUUGCUGUUACUCCUGGUGUAAGGCGGCCAGGUACCCGGUGCCCCUGGUGCCGCGUCCUCCUUGGAGUAUCCUGGUCGGGACUGAGUCUGGGGCCUGCUUGGGGGCACAAGAUACGGAGCCGGCGCCCUCCCCACCCCCCCGGACUGUUCCACUGCGGCGCGGGGGGGGGACGCGUGCGGAGCGCGAUGGUUGCGCCCGGCGCCGCCCCCGCCACCGCCUCCCGUGCCGAGCGCUCCCGCAGGAUGGCGCGGGCCAAGCUGCCUCGCUCGCCGUCCGAGGGCAAGGCGGGCCCGGAGGGCGCCCCGGCCGGCGCCUCGGCCCCCGAGGAACCGCACGGGCUCAGCCCCCUGCUGCCGGCCCGCGGCGGGGGCUCCGUGGGCAGCGACGUGGGCCAGAGGCCACACGUGGAAGAUUUCAGCCUGGACUCCUCCUUUUCUCAGGUCCAGGUGGAGUUCUACGUCAAUGAGAACACCUUCAAGGAGCGGCUCAAGCUGUUCUUCAUCAAAAACCAAAGAUCCAGCCUGAGGAUCCGGCUCUUCAACUUCUCUCUGAAGCUCCUCACUUGCCUGCUGUACAUCGUACGAGUCCUGCUGGACAACCCAGACAUGGGCAUCGGCUGCUGGGGCUGCACAAAGUAUAAUUACACUUUCAAUGGUUCAUCCUCUGAAUUCAAUUGGGCCCCCAUCCUGUGGGUGGAGAGGAAGAUGGCUCUGUGGGUGGUCCAGGUCAUUGUGGCCACAAUAAGCUUCCUGGAAACCAUGCUCCUCAUUUACCUCAGCUACAAAGGCAACAUCUGUGAGCAGAUCUUCCGAGUUUCCUUCAUCCUGGAGAUGAUCAACACACUGCCCUUCAUCAUCACGGUCUUCUGGCCGCCACUGCGGAACCUGUUCAUCCCCGUGUUCCUCAACUGCUGGCUGGCCAAGCACGCACUGGAGAACAUGAUUAAUGAUUUCCACCGUGCUAUCCUGCGGACACAGUCAGCCAUGUUCAACCAGGUCCUCAUCCUCUUCUGCACCCUGCUGUGCCUUGUCUUCACGGGGACCUGUGGCAUCCAGCACCUGGAGCGAGCAGGAGGGAACCUGAACCUGCUGACCUCCUUUUACUUCUGCAUCGUCACCUUCUCCACGGUGGGAUACGGUGACGUGACACCCAAGAUCUGGCCAUCCCAACUUCUGGUGGUCAUCAUGAUCUGCGUGGCCCUUGUGGUGCUCCCACUGCAGUUCGAGGAGCUUGUCUACCUCUGGAUGGAGCGGCAGAAGUCGGGAGGCAACUACAGCCGACAUCGGGCCAAGACGGAGAAGCACGUGGUCUUGUGCGUCAGCUCUCUCAAGAUUGACCUCCUCAUGGACUUCCUGAAUGAGUUCUAUGCCCACCCCCGCCUCCAGGACUACUAUGUGGUCAUCCUGUGCCCCACCGAGAUGGAUGUCCAGGUGCGCAGGGUCCUACAGAUCCCCCUGUGGUCUCAGCGGGUCAUCUACCUCCAGGGCUCUGUCCUUAAGGAUCAGGACCUCAUGCGAGCUAAGAUGGACAACGGGGAGGCCUGCUUUAUCCUCAGCAGCAGGAAUGAGGUGGACCGCACAGCCGCAGACCACCAGACCAUCCUGCGAGCCUGGGCUGUGAAGGACUUCGCCCCCAACUGUCCCCUCUACGUCCAGAUCCUCAAACCUGAGAACAAGUUUCACGUCAAGUUUGCCGACCAUGUGGUGUGUGAGGAGGAAUGCAAGUACGCUAUGUUGGCCCUGAAUUGCAUCUGCCCGGCCACCUCCACUCUCAUCACCCUUCUGGUGCACACGUCCCGUGGCCAGGAAGGACAGGAGUCACCGGAGCAGUGGCAGCGUAUGUAUGGCCGUUGCUCUGGCAACGAGGUCUACCACAUCCGUAUGGGCGAUAGCAAGUUCUUCCGGGAGUACGAGGGCAAGAGCUUCACCUAUGCAGCCUUCCACGCCCACAAGAAGUACGGCGUGUGCCUCAUCGGGCUGAAGCGUGAGGAGAAUAAGAGUGUCCUGCUGAACCCGGGGCCGCGGCACAUCCUGGCCGCCUCCGACACCUGCUUCUACAUCAACAUCACCAAGGAGGAGAACUCAGCCUUCAUCUUCAAGCAGGAGGAGAAACAGAAGAGGCGCGGCCUCGCGGGGCAGGCACUGUACGAGGGGCCAUCUCGCUUGCCUGUGCACAGCAUCAUUGCCUCCAUGGGGACAGUGGCCAUGGACCUGCAGAAUGCAGAGUGCCGGCCCUCGCAGGGUGGCAGUAGCAGUGGGGGCAGCGGAGACAAGUUGAUGCUGCCUACGGAGAACGGGUCUGGCAGCCGGCGCCCCAGCAUUGCCCCCGUCCUGGAGCUGGCGGACAGCUCAGCCUUGCUGCCCUGUGACUUGCUGAGUGACCAGUCGGAGGACGAGGUGACGCCCUCAGACGACGAGGGGCUCUCUGUGGUGGAGUACGUGAAGGGCUACCCCCCAAACUCACCCUACAUCGGCAGUUCCCCCACCCUGUGCCACCUUCUGCCAGCGAAGGCCCCCUUCUGCUGCCUGCGGCUGGACAAGGGCUGCAAACACAACAGCUAUGAAGACGCCAAGGCCUACGGGUUCAAGAACAAGCUUAUUAUCGUCUCGGCGGAGACGGCUGGCAACGGGCUGUACAACUUCAUCGUGCCCCUGCGGGCCUACUACCGCUCCCGUAAGGAGCUCAACCCAAUCGUGCUGCUGCUGGACAACAAGCCUGACCACCACUUUCUGGAGGCCAUCUGCUGCUUCCCCAUGGUGUACUACAUGGAGGGCUCCGUGGACAACCUCGACAGCCUGCUGCAGUGCGGAAUUAUCUAUGCGGACAACCUGGUGGUGGUGGACAAGGAGAGCACCAUGAGUGCUGAGGAGGACUACAUGGCCGACGCCAAGACCAUCGUCAACGUGCAGACCAUGUUCCGGCUCUUCCCCAGCCUCAGCAUCACCACGGAGCUUACCCACCCUUCCAACAUGCGGUUCAUGCAGUUCCGUGCCAAGGACAGCUACUCCCUGGCUCUUUCCAAGCUGGAAAAGCGGGAGCGAGAGAACGGCUCCAACCUGGCCUUCAUGUUCCGCCUGCCGUUCGCGGCCGGCCGCGUAUUCAGCAUCAGUAUGCUGGACACCCUGCUGUACCAGUCUUUUGUGAAGGACUAUAUGAUCACCAUCACCAGGCUGCUGCUGGGCCUCGACACCACACCGGGCUCUGGCUACCUCUGUGCCAUGAAGAUCACCGAGAACGACCUGUGGAUCCGCACCUAUGGCCGCCUCUUCCAGAAGCUCUGCUCCUCCAGCGCCGAGAUCCCCAUCGGCAUCUACAGAACGGAGUGCCACGUCUUCUCCUCCGAGCCCCACGACCUCAGAGCCCAGUCCCAGAUCUCAGUGAAUGUGGAGGACUGCGAAGACACACGAGAGACCAAGGGGCCCUGGGGCACGCGGGCCGGCUCGGGCAGCGGCAGUGUCCACGGCCGCCACGCGGGGAGUGUGGACCCGGCUGAGCACCCACUACUGCGGUGCAAGAGCCUGCAGUGGGCCCGGAAGCUGAGCCGCAAGGGCUCGAAGCACACAAGGAAGGCGCCAGCGGCCACCGAGUGGAUCAGCCAGCAGCGGCUCAACCUGUACCGACGCUCUGAGCGUCAGGAGCUCUCCGAGCUGGUCAAGAACCGCAUGAAGCACCUGGGGCUGCCCACCACGGGCUACGAGGACGUAGCAAAUUUAACAGCCAGUGAUGUCAUGAAUCGGGUAAACCUGGGAUAUUUGCAAGACGAGAUGAAUGAUCACCAGAACACUCUGUCCUACGUCCUCAUCAACCCCCCGCCCGACACCAGGCUGGAGCCCAAUGACGUCGUGUACCUCAUCCGCUCUGACCCUCUGGCCCACGUGGCCAGCAGCUCUGAGAGCCGGAAGAGCAGCUGUAGCAACAAGCUGUCGUCUUGCAACCCCGAGACCCGCGAUGAGACCCAACUCUGAGCUGGCCUGAAGAAGUCCAUGCCAGGGUGGGUGAGCAGACACCGUCACGCUGGCCUGGUGCAGGGAGGCUGCACUCCGCUCACAGUGGCUCCAAAACUUAAGCCCAGAAAGGAAAUCCUCACACUGGGGACAGAUUUGAGACCACCCUGGUGAUCCUGAAGUUGGCAGGAAGCAUUUUUUCAUCUCUUUUUUACAAAUUCGUAGGAUCCCCAUCUCUUUACACAGAUGUACCGCAACUCGUGACUGGGGCCUGGCUGAGGUGAAGGGCAGGCAGCCAGGACAGGACGGAGCAGGGACUGGACACCACCCUGGAUACGGCUACCCUGCAUGGCAUGGCCAUACCCAGGCCUUGCUGGAGGGGGUCUGGGACUGCAUGAGGAGCUGAAGAGGCCAUACCUGGAACCUGGGAUUCCCACAACACAUCCCUCUACUGGGAGCAAGCUGUGUUCCCAUGGCUGCCCAUCAGUGCUUCAUUCUGACAACAGCUUCUGCACGGCUCGGCCACACCAGGGUCUGUGGGUUGAGCCCCUGGAACUGUGCAAGGCCAGCAGAGGGGGCUGAGCCCCUCCAGAAGGCUAAAGGCAGAGGAGGGUCUUGGGAGCUUGGCCAGGAGGCCCCUUCCCGAGUCGUGUGUGGAGAGGCUGCUGGUGGAUCCCAGAGGUCCCAUAACCAUUGAGUAGAAGUCAGAAGACACUGUUUUGUUCUUGCACGUUCUCUCCAGCCAUGGCACCUGGGGACAUGAAGCAGCAGGCAGACCAUGUGUCUCCAUGGACCGUUUUACACUCUUUCAAAGCAAAGCUUUGUUUCUAAACACCUGAUCUGAGAAGCACAAUUAGCCCUGGGCUGCUGGCAGCUGUCCUCAGGAUCCCCAGAGGCUCUUUCUUCUCUGGGGCAGAGACUCUGGGCAGGCAGCCUCCAUUUCUGUUUGUGGUUUGUACUGUCAAAGCCGGAACCUUCUAUUAAACGGAUGCAUUCUGUAGGCACGCGUGGUAGGAGGCAGCCUGCCUGAGGCUUUGGGGCUGGUGGGUCUAGCCACCUGCGGCUCACCCGUUUCAAGGGUUAGAACUGCCCGUUGUGGUCGCCAUCCUCCAGCCUGGCCAGCACAGCCCCACCAAAUCAAAGGAACUAAAUCCUGUGUGGCUGUGGGUGGCCAGGUCCUGGCAGCAGGGAAACUUGGGGGAUGUCCGGAAGGCUGCCUGUCAGCCUUGUCUGUAACCCAGGAUGCCCCUGGUGGGCAGAGACCCUACACUGGUGGUGUGGGCACAACGCCACUGAGACCAGUAGCUGUUGGGGACCCCUGCCACUGGGGAGCAGGUACCCUGGGUGGGUCUGUGUGUGUGCCUCACUCAUGUCCGUUUUGGGCUAAAGGGCUCCACACAGCCUCCCUCCCCAUCAGGGUAGACAGAACCCCUGGUGGGCAGGUGUCUCAGAGACAAGGCAGUUUCCUGACAGGUGUGACACAGCCAGAGCCCAGCCUCCC